CAUAAAACCAAGAGGCGAGGAUGUCACACCGCAAUCGCUAACGCGACACCGCAACGAACACUUUGAUAAUGAGAGGGCUACUGGCAGCGUUGGCAGUUUUUGCCGUUUUCACUUUAGCCGAAUCGGACAGCAAAUCGCGAAUAGUAUGUUACUUCAGCAACUGGGCGGUGUACAGACCAGGGAUCGGCAGAUACGGUAUCGAUGACAUCCCUGUGGAUCUCUGCACCCACAUCAUAUAUUCCUUCAUCGGUGUCACCGAAAACUCAAAUGAAGUCCUUGUCAUUGAUCCCGAGUUGGAUGUAGAGAAGGGGGGUUAUAGAAACUUUACGUCGUUACGUCGAACCCACCCAGGUGUCAAGUUUAUGGUGGCUGUUGGUGGAUGGGCUGAAGGCGGCUCCAAGUACUCAAGGAUGGUGGCAGAGAAGAGUUCAAGAAUGGCAUUUGUGAGAAGCAUUGUUGAUUUUCUGAACACAUACGAGUUUGAUGGAUUGGAUCUGGAUUGGGAGUACCCAGGAGCAGCUGACCGAGGUGGUUCAUUCUCCGAUAAGGAUAAGUUCUUGUACCUGGUGCAAGAGUUGCGAAGAGCAUUCAUCAGAGCAGGGAAGGGGUGGGAACUUACUGCUGCUGUACCAAUGGCCAACUUCAGACUGAUGGAGGGAUACCAUGUACCUGAUUUGUGCCAAGAGUUGGAUGCCAUUCACGUGAUGUCGUACGAUCUUCGUGGUAACUGGGCCGGGUUUGCUGAUGUUCACUCACCUCUAUACAAACGGCCACAUGAUCAGUGGGCGUAUGAGAAACUUAAUGUGAACGACGGCCUCAAUCUGUGGGAAGAAAAGGGAUGUCCGUCAAACAAAUUGGUCGUGGGUAUUCCAUUCUACGGGCGAUCCUUCACUUUGUCGUCUGGCAACACUAACUACGGGUUGGGCACAUACAUCAAUAAGGAGGCCGGCGGAGGGUUGCCUGCACCCUUCACUAAUGCUACCGGAUUUUCUGCUUAUUAUGAAAUUUGCAUGGAUGUCAACAACCCUGAGAACGGUUGGACCAAGAAAUGGGAUGACCAAGGCAUGUGUCCCUACGCUUACAAAGGAACGCAAUGGGUUGGCUAUGAAGAUCCGCGCAGUGUUGAGAUCAAGAUGAACUGGAUCAAGCAGAAAGGUUACCUUGGAGCUAUGACCUGGGCUAUAGACAUGGAUGACUUCCAGGGUGUAUGUGGAGAAAAGAAUCCUUUGAUAAAACUUCUUCAUCAAUAUAUGAGCACCUAUUCUGUGCCACCUGCACGUACUGGAAACACCACUCCAACGCCAGAAUGGGCGAAACCACCUUCAACACCCUCAGACGCUUCUGAAGGUGCCCCAAUACCUACCACCACAACAACACAAGCACCGACAACCAGACCUGCGACGCAACCCACGGUUGUUCAGCAAACUACCACGACGGCAGCACCGGUUGAGCAACCAGAAAUAAUCAAUGAAAUAGAGCAACCACCAUCGGAAAACGAAGUGGACAGUCCAGAAGUUUGCAGUUCGAACGAAGAUUAUAUUGCCGACAAGAAACGUUGUGAUAAGUACUGGCGUUGUGUAAAUGGCGAAAGUGUGCAGUUUAUGUGUCAACCAGGAACAGUUUUCAACACGGCACUUAAUGUUUGUGAUUGGCCAAACAAUGUUAAUAGAAGUGAAUGUAAAAUUAAAUAGAAUAAUUAUAGUUUCAAAAGCUGCAUUUAUAUAUAGUUAUAUGAAUAGAUACAUAAGCAGGAAAUAUUAUUUGUUAUGAGAAUCAUAAGCUAUUAUAAGCUAUGUAUGUAAUAUUUCGAAGUUAUUAAGUACGGUUGACAAAAUAAUAAUAAAAAUUACAUUUUCCUAGUCUUUUUAACAGGAUUUUUACAGGUUUUACAAGUUUAGGUGUCUUAGAUUUAAUAAUGCAAUAUUUCAUUAUUUAAUAUUGUUACUGGUAUAUAUUUUGAAAUAGCUUCUCAUAACAAAUUUUAUACGUGUGGGUAUGAUGUUUUUGUAGUAAGUACCUAAUGGUGGCACAAAUUAUAUAAAAAUAUAUUAAAAAGACUGCUAAAAUUUAAUUAUACAUCAAAAAUUUGUGCUAUACCUACCUUUUAUUUACAAAUAGUAGAAAUUAAUUUAUAUUUAGAUUAAUUUAUAGAUUAAGCUUUACAAUUAAUGAUAUAAAAUAUUAUCGGUUCUAACGAAGGAUAAUUGGUGAAUAAUUUAACUUAUAUUACUCAGAUCGAUGCUAUUAAAUUAUAAGUACAGAAAA